AUGGAGCUGCUUUCGGUUUUUGUGUCCAUUAGUCGAGCGAUUGGCCUGUGCAAUCUGCGCUAUGUGGCGGAGCGUAAGCGUUUCGAGUUGGAUCACGGCCUAAUGCUUGUGUACUGGCUGCUCUUGAAUGUGGUCUAUGUGGUGCUGACGCCCGUCUGCUUUGUGCUGAUGGUGAACAGCUACUACAGCUGCCAGGGCAUGGACAUGUUGUCGAUGGCCUACAGCUGCGUCUCGCUGACCAAGUCGUGCUCGCUGUUCGUGGUAUUGGGCAGCGUUUGGCUGCGACGGCAGCGCAUCCGGCGCGUCUGCAAUGGCUACAUGCGGCUGCUGGAGCGCUUCGCGCAGUACCAUGCGAACUAUAGCUACUGGCGACGCCACCUCUGGAAGCUGCUGCUGAGCAACACGCGCUUCGUGGUGCUGCUGAAUCAACUGUUUGGCCCCGGCAGCGCGCUGAUGUGCGGCGUGGAUGAUGACGAGGUCGUGACUGGCCUGCCGCCCAUCUACGUCGGCCUCUCGGUGGCCGUGCUCCUAAUGGACCUGCUGGCCAGCUGCACCGACAGCCUGGCCUACUGCGUG